UUUUUUCGGUGCGUGCGAGGGUGUGUAAGUGUGUUAGUACUCUUGUGUGCAUGAGUGUGUGAAUGCGCGUGUUAUUUUACUUAGCAAACGCGCGCCAAUUCAAACAAAUUUUGUGGUGUUUGUCUUGCCGUUACUUCAGCUAUCGUUACCGUUGUGGUUGCUGCUGCGCCGCUAAGCAUGCAGCGAAGUCCUCAGCUGUUUGGUUGAAAGCCUGCAGGACGAAAGUUUGUGUCAAUGUAUAUGUGUGUGUGAGCCCUAGUUGUGCAGGCUGAACCGGGAUGGAUGCACGCCGACAGAAGCGACUUGGCCCAGCGCCAAUUGCAUCGUUCGAAAAGUCAUUUGAGGACAAUACCACGAUGGCAACAACAGCAACAACAGCAACAGUAGCAACAACUGCAGCCAUUGCAACAAUAGCAACAGCAACAGCUGCAACACAGCAGCAAAAUCGAAUAGCGAUGAUGGAGCAAACGCUGCGCAAACAACAAACAACGACAACCACUCGCAAAUCGAAUCCAAAUCCAAAUCCAAAUCCAAAUCCGAAUCCCAGCGAAGCGCCAAGCAUAUCCACUGCAGCCGCACUGUCCAACACUGGCAGCAGCAGCAGCUCCUCCACAUCCACCUCAUCAUCAACAUCGACCGCCACCUGCUCCGCCAAUGUCAGCUCCAUCGUUGCCAAGCAACGACCGCCACCGCUGAAAACGGCCACGGCCACCGUCACAACGACUCUCGUGAGCAGCAAUGAGGGCGGCCAGCCGCUGCCGCUGGCAAUGGGCAUGGCUGCGGGCACGGGCGGCACCUUUCGUGGAGCUGCCACACUAACCACGCCAUCAACGCCACGCAUCGAGCUGAGCCGCGCCUCCAGCUCGUCCCAUCACGAGGAGGACAGCCGCGAGAGCAGCCCGGAGAAUGUGUUCGAGCAGGUAAGCCUGGGAUUGCGAUGAUUAUCUCUGCUCCCGGGGGCGAGACCGGCUUAGUGGUUAGAUAGCUUGGCUUCUAGAGCAGCGACACUGUCGUUUACACACAC